GGUGGUCGGGGCUGCGGCAGUGGCGGGUGGCAGUCGGAGCUCCGGCGGCCGAGACCAUGGCUGGAGGCAAAGCUGGAAAGGAUAGUGGGAAGGCCAAAGCUAAGGCAGUGUCUCGCUCACAGAGAGCUGGCCUACAGUUUCCUGUGGGCCGCAUCCACAGACACUUGAAGACUCGCACCACAAGCCACGGACGGGUGGGUGCCACUGCUGCUGUGUACAGUGCUGCGAUUCUGGAGUACCUCACUGCUGAGGUGCUGGAGUUGGCAGGUAAUGCCUCCAAGGAUCUUAAAGUAAAGCGUAUCACUCCACGUCACUUGCAGCUUGCAAUUCGUGGUGAUGAAGAGUUGGAUUCUCUUAUCAAGGCUACCAUAGCUGGGGGUGGUGUGAUCCCUCACAUCCACAAAUCUCUGAUUGGAAAGAAGGGACAACAGAAAACUGCUUAGGAGACUUGUUUUCACGAACCCACUUCCUGUCAUUAUACUGCAUAGAUCAUCGCAGUGGAGAUGUGUGGGAUUUCUGAAAACAGUUCAGUGGAAAAGCACAGACAAUUACUAUUGACAUGAUAAAAGAAUGAUUUGUAUGCUCUUUGACUUGAAGUUUGAUAAAGUACUUUUCAUGUGGUGACAGUUGUGUGUGAUUGGCCAGAUUUCUCCCUUGUGUUUUAUAUAAAAAUAGAACUGAUAAAACAUUUUUUACAAAA